GGCGACGCUUAUGUCCCCAUUUUUGGCAUGAUCCAGCAAGUCCCGUGUAUUUUUUGUUUCAAUUUUACAAAUUUAGAUUUCAAUUUUACAAAUCUCGAACGUUUGAUUUUUGAAUUAAUCAUUUUUUUUCACCAUCGUUGUUAUUCGCUUGUUUGCCCAACAAAACAACCAAACCGCAACCAGAAUCCCUCAGGCUUCUCUCUCUAAAACUCUCUCUCUCAAACUAUCGUCGUUUUCUCCUUAUUUGGCCUUUUAGGCUUCUUCCGUCAAACUCUCUCAUGGCAUUUCACCUCCCUUCUCAUUUUGUUAUUUUUGUAGGUUGGAUUUGAUUAUCCAUAAUUGGUGAUGAUGCACUGAGUAUUGUGAUUCGUCUUCAGAAUAGGCGAUUUUCAUUUUCUCAGCGAUAGAGUUGUAAACAUAUAUAGAAGUUUUGUUGUUUUGAUCAAAGAGAGAAGAGGUUGGGAUUUUAACCCCCCCAAAAAAAAAAAAAAAAUUUCCGAGCAAUAAACUAUGGGAUAUCUCAAUUCGGUGUUUUCAUCCAGCAGUGAAAGUCAUAUUGAAGAUGGCCCCGUUAGCGGCGGAGGUCUCAGUCAGAAUGGCAAGUUCAGCUAUGGUUAUGCAAGCUCUCCUGGGAAAAGGUCUUCAAUGGAGGAUUUCUACGAGACAAGAAUUGAUGGUGUUGAUGGAGAGAUAGUUGGUCUCUUUGGAGUCUUUGAUGGUCACGGAGGUGCUCGAGCUGCAGAAUAUGUUAAACAAAAUCUUUUCAGUAAUUUGAUCAGCCAUCCAAAGUUCAUUUCUGAUACCAAAUCAGCCAUAGCUGAUGCAUACAACCAUACAGACUCGGAAUUUCUGAAAUCAGAAAAUAAUCAGAACAGAGAUGCUGGAUCAACUGCUUCCACUGCCAUCCUUGUUGGUGAUCGUUUGCUGGUUGCAAAUGUUGGGGAUUCCAGAGCUGUUAUUUGCAGGGGUGGCAAUGCAAUUGCUGUUUCUCGAGAUCACAAGCCUGACCAAACUGAUGAGCGACAACGGAUAGAAGAAGCUGGAGGAUUUGUUAUGUGGGCUGGAACUUGGAGAGUUGGUGGUGUACUUGCUGUUUCACGUGCAUUUGGUGAUAGGCUUUUGAAGCAGUAUGUUGUUGCUGAUCCAGAAAUUCAGGAGGAAAAAGUUGACAGCUCCCUCGAGUUCCUUAUCCUUGCAAGUGAUGGACUAUGGGAUGUCGUCACAAAUGAGGAUGCUGUUGCAAUGGUAAAACCAAUUGAAGACACAGAGGAAGCAGCAAAGAGGCUGAUGCACGAAGCCUAUCAGAGAGGCAGUGCAGAUAACAUUACUAUUGUCGUCGUCCGUUUCUUGGCAAACCAAGGGGAGUCCGCUAAUAAUGGCUCCGGUUAAGGAUCUUCUUUGCCGGCACCGAGGGGCUUGGUUCUCCACCUGAUGCAAAGUGGGGUGGGAGAAAAAGUAUGGUAGGAAUGUACUAAUUAUAAAACAGAGACUUCUUCAGCUGCUAAUGUGCUUUAAGUAUUAUUGGCCUUUAGAAUAUAACUGUAUCCGAGUCUAGCUGAUGUACUUGACCCUUAAAUGUAGCUACAUGGAAAUCUUCGUGCGGGAAUCUGUAAAGACAACUACGUUCUUAUGUCAUUUGUUGUAUAUGCAGUUUAAACUUCCUUUUCUUUCC